CUCGCGCCUUGCCAGGCUGGAUUUAAAGGGCCAUUUCCUUUCAACCUGGCUUUUCAAAAAUCGUUCCUUUGUCGUCGCUGUCAGAGGUCGGGGCUCGGUAGCUUAAUAUGGGACAGUGGUGGCGGCGGCGGCAGCUGCUGCUGUUUUGCUUCUUCCUGCUUGCAUUGAGGAGCUGUUCUGGGAAGCAAAAGAAAAAAGAAGAGGAGGAGGAGGAGCACCUACCCAGCAAAUGCGAAGUCUGUAAAAUACUGAGCUUGGAGCUUCAGGGGGAGCUGAAUCGGAGCAGCCAGUCUCGAGAGUUGCUAGAACUAGGGCAGGUGCUAGACACUGGCAGGAGGAAAAGACAAGUCCCCUACAGCACUUCGGAGAUUCGGCUGGAGGAGGCCCUGGAGGACCUGUGUGAACAGAUUUUGGAUUACAGCAUCCAUGCUGAGCGUAAGGGCUCCCUAAGAUAUGCCAAGGGUCAGAGUGAGACCAUGGCAACCCUGAAAGGCCUGGUACAGAAGGGAGUGAAGGUGGAUCUGGGAAUCCCUUUGGAACUGUGGGAUGAACCCAGUGUGGAAGUUGCGUUCCUCAAGAAGCAGUGUGAGCUGAUGUUGGAGAGCUUUGAAGAUGUCAUUGAAGACUGGUAUUUCCACCACCAGGAGUUGCCCCUGCAGCAGUUCCUCUGUGAAGGGCAUGUGCUUGGGAAGGAGGAGAUGGACUGUCUUCAGGAAAUCUGGACUGAGGAAUCGAGAGAACAGAAUGAGAAGAGCUUGGAAGACAGCCUCGGGCACCAUGCCCAUGAUGCUGCGGACCUCUGACCAGAGUCAAGCCUAAUGUCACCUCCUCUUUUUCUAGAUCACUAUUAAAGUUUGUUUAUAUAUAUGUAUAUAUCAUGUAGGUAUGAAGGUGAUGUCACCUUUACAACUGUACCUUUAGCCAAGCCACAUUUGGAGAUUUUGUCCACUCAGUGUGGCUGCUGGCUGUGGUAGCUCCUAAGGUUAGAGACAACAGAAGUGAGUGGCAAGGCAAGGCCAUGGUUGGAGGAAGCUGUGGAGGUUCAAGAUGUUUUCAGACUUGCACCUGAGCCACCAUCCACCCUGAGCCUAUGUCUAGUGGGGAGGUUUACAAGACCAGUACCAUCUUGGCAGAUAAACAUGUAAAGGAGCUUAUGGAGGUCAAUAGCCAUUAGUGCCUUUUCUGUGUGCUUUCCUUCUGACAAGGUGGGAAAGUGGGGAGGAGUGGCCCAUGGAAGAAGAAAGUGACCAGAAUACUUAGAAGACCCCGCAAAGACUCUUUGCAUGUAUAGGUGCAGAUACCGUACUGAAGCCAGUGAGUAUGUGAGAGCUGCGUCCUAGAACGGGGUUCUUAACUUGGGGUCUAUGAAUUUUUUAUUAAUAUUCUGAUAAUUGUACUUCUAUAUAAUUGGUUACCUUUGUAAUCUUAUGUAUUUUUUAAAUGAAUUUUUAAAACAUUA